CUUGAAUUCCGGGCUAUAUCACAAGAUUGGGUUCACAGCCAUUCGAAGAUGGGAGGGUAGACGUACACAUAUACUUGGAGAUCCUCGUCGUAAGAUCGUCCCGAUUUUCACCCUAAGCGAAGUUGCGGUCAUGGCUGAGUAUGCGAAAUAUUCAGAAAUAAGCCCCCAGUGGGAAAAGUUCGUCUCCGAAAACCCUCUGCUCGGCGACUUGGAUCGAGUCGAUAUUGUAGAACGCCGUAGAAUAUUCGAACAAGUCGAAGCUGCCAUACCACUUCGCCAAAUACCAGAAGACGUGAAACGUGCCCCUGUUGCAGUGCAAACAUUCACUAUCGAAGCCCGUGAUGGAUACGAUAUUCCCGUGCGAACUUACGUCCCCACUUCGGGUUCAGGUACAUUAAUAUCAAGGCCGCUACUUGUCUAUCUGCAUGCCGGAGGGUUUCUCUUCGGCGACCUCGACAGUGGCCAUUUGAACUGCCAGAUUCUUGCAUCGAGGCUGAAUAUUAGCGUACUUAACGUGGGUUACCGCUUAGCACCCAAAUGGCCGUUUCCCUACGGACUCAAUGAUAGCUACGACGCAACGAAAUGGGCUGCCGCUAACGCGGAAAGCCACCUACGCGCCUCUGCCACCGCGGGCUUUUUUGUCGGUGGGAUAUCCUCCGGCGCUAACUUCGCCGGUGUCAUUGCGUAUACGGCUCGCGAUGCAGGUCUUUCGCCACCAAUCACCGGCCUAUUCUUAUCAGUCCCCGUCUGUAUCAUGCCCGAUGCAUAUCCUCAGGUACGGCCUGAGAUAAGGGACCAGCUUCUCAGCUUGGAGCAGAAUGCGAUUAAUCCUAUGUUGACAGCGAAGUCACUCGGUGACAUCCAAGGCGUUUAUGGCGCACCACCUAAUGACCCUCGAGUGUCAUUCUUGUUAAACGAGAAUCAUUCCAAUUUACCACAACGAGUGUAUUUCCAGGUAUGUGGCGGGGAUCCCCUUCGCGACGAGGCUUUCGUGUGGCAGAAAUUGCUUGAAAAGCACUCGGGAACUAAAAGCAAGAUUCAUAUGUAUUCGGGAUUACCUCAUGGCUUCUGGAGAUUCUUGAGCAUGAAGGCUAGUCAAGAGUGGUUGGACGAUCUCGUAGAGGGUAUACGGUAUCUGUGUUUGUCUAGUGAGAAAGUGGGGGACUCCGAGGUCAUCGUCAAAGGCUUAUGAUGCUUGACAAUUCUCUUAGCGAAGAAUUUUGACAUUAUUGAACUUAGGAGACGCUGGAGGUAUUGUAAAAAUUUACAUAAUUACGAUGUUAGAAUAGACUAGGUAGGUACCUACCUAGGCAACUAGGCAGAAAAUGUGAAACUAAUAGAAGCGACUUGUGUGUGUUGUAGCGACCUGUCCAU